UCACCUGGCAAAUCUUGUAGAAGAAGAACGAAAACGCCGAGUGGCAAAAGCAGACUCAAUGGCGCCAAAGCCAACCAAAAACCGAACUCCCCCUCCAGACCCACAUGGGAUGUUCGCAGGACUGGUCGUUUUCUUUGUCGAAAACGGUGUUCAGGCUCGCCGAUUACAGAUUUGGAAGCAGAAGCUGGUGCAAAUGGGGGCUGAAAUAGAAGAGCGCCUGUCCAAAAGGGUCACUAAUGUGUUUGCUAUGAACUCAGAGGCCCUUCUCAAACAAGUGGGCACUGAACGCUUGGCACGCUUUAAGGGAAGGGUUCUCCUUUAUCAAUGGCUGGAGGAUAGCUUGAGAUUAGGAGAAAAGGUCUCUGAGGAUUCGUACAGUCUAAAAGUGGACCCGGAAGGAGAUAACAGACCAGACAAAUCUUUAGUUCCUAAAGAAGCCAACGAAAACACUUCUGGCUAUGAAGAACCAUUGAAUAGCAAAAAGAUCAAACCCUCUCCUGAAGAUUCAAAAAAAACGAAUGCAGAAAGCAAAGAAGAUGCAAAGAGUAAUGCUCUAUAUGGGGAACCAAGUAUUCUCGGAGGUUCUGAUGAGUCACCCCAGAGUAUAAGCCCAGCAAAUACCUGUCCAAACAGCCCUGAUGCUUUGAAUAAGGACAUUGGAGCAUUGCAGGCAUCCUUGCUGUAUAGUCCUCCUGAUUUAAACAAGAAUAUAACCGAGAUAUUUGGAAAGCUUAUUGACAUAUAUCGAGCGUUGGGUGAUGACCGGAGGUCAUUUAGCUACCACAAGGCUAUCCUAGUUAUUGAGAAGUUGCCCUUCAAAAUUGAAAGUGCAAACCAGGUCAAAGACCUACCCUCGAUUGGAAAGUCAUUGCAAGAUCAUAUCCAGGAGAUAGUGACAACUGGAAAGUUAUCCAAGCUGGAGCACUUUGAAAGAGAUGAAAAGGUGUUGCAAAGGUUCUCAGUAGAACUAAAGUUUUACUAUCAUGUAGUGCUAAAGGCAGUCAUUUUACAAACUUUUGUUCAUCAAAAGAGUGGGGUACGAACAAUCAACUUAUUCGGCGAAGUUUGGGGGAUUGGUCCAGCCACUGCUCUUAAACUAUAUGAGAAAGGAUAUCGUACACUAGAUGAUCUGCAGAAUGAGGAAUUGUUAACGAAUUCACAAAGAAUUGGGUUGAAAUAUUUUCAAGAUAUCAAGCAUAGGAUUCCACGCCAUGAGGUUCAAGAGAUGGAGGAGCUUCUUCAGAAAGUUGGGGAGGAUAUUUUGCCUGGGGUAAUUAUCGUAUGUGGAGGAUCAUUUAGACGUGGAAAAGCUUCCUGUGGGGAUUUGGACAUUAUAAUUACACAUCCCGAUGGAAAGAGUCAUAACGGUUUUUUAUCAAAAUAUGUAAGUCGUUUAAAGGAUAUGAAGUUCUUGAGAGAGGAUUUGGUUUUCAGUACUCACAGUAAGGAGGGUACUGAUUCUGGUGUUGACACAUACUUCGGUCUUUGCACAUAUCCUGGACGUGAGCUGCGCCACCGCAUUGAUUUAAAGGUUUUCCCAAGGGACAUAUAUGCAUUUGGAUUAAUAGCUUGGACAGGGAAUGAUGUAUUAAAUAGGAGGUUGAGAUUGCUGGCAGAAUCUAAAGGAUUCCGGCUUGAUGAUACAGGGCUGUUUCCAGCUACUUACAGUACAGGCGGUAAACGGGGCACAAGAGCCACUGCAAGUUUGAAAUUUAACACAGAGAAGGAGGUGUUUGAUUUCCUGGGAUUUCCUUGGCUUGAAGCACAUGAAAGGAAUCUGUGAACUGUAAACAAUUUUGUAUGAGCUUGCUGUACGUAGGAGGAGCUCCCAGACUUCACAUUUUUGUUUCCUUGGAGAGAGAAAGUUGUGGCAUGUUUUCCCUGUGAUACAUUAUAUAAUGGAAUGGUAUGCUAGCCUUGUAAGCUAUGUAAUGCAAAGUGCAAACAAUGGGUCCAAGGACAUAGAGUGGUGUUUGUUAAAGUUGAGCUUGGGCUUUGAUUCCCACUUUCCA